AAAAACAAUUAAAAAUCUAUUAAUAACAGCCUCCACCCUUUUCGUUUGGAUCCUCUAUAUCUCCCUGCUUCCUCAUCGCUCGGACGCGCGAAAAUUCCACAAAAAUUCUUGUCCGGUCAUUUCUCGAUCGUAACAGAUCCACCGGCGGCCGAUACAAUGAGACCAACGACGACUUCAUCUGCCGCAUCUUCCUCCGCCACCACAACGACAACAACAAUAGUACUGGAGAACCCAGCCCAGCAGCAACCGCAACCGCCAUCGCAAACCCUAGUUUUGCGCCUGAAUCGGCCUAAGAAGAAAGUUUCAUGGAAGGAAGGCACCGUGGACAACGAAUUCAUGCAGAAGAAGAGCUCCAAGAAGUGCUGCAUCUUCCACAAACAGAAGCCCUUCGACGAGGACGACAGCGACGAGGACGAGGACGAGGACGAUCACCAUCGGCAUCAUGGCGGCGGCCAUCACGAUCAUCCCUCCUCGGAAGGCUGCUGUUCUUCCAGCAACGGCCAGUGUGGUUGAUAAAUUUGGGUUGCCGCAUUGCUUUUGUGAGUGUAGAAAAGAUAAAUUCGAUUGCUUUCGACCUAUAUUUGUUUCAUUACUGAUUUACCACUGGACCCAGGGAAUUAACGAUUGACUUGUUCCUUUUGUCCUGAUAUGAUAUGAUGUGUUUGGAAUCUCAUCCUGAUGAAUCUCCAUUGAAUUUGGUAAUGGUUGUUUCCCAGAUUAUCCUGGUAUUUGGUUUGCCCGAUUGAUUUCAUUUCUCAUUUUGGACCCAUAUAUGAACUCAUUGGAUUGGAGAAUUGCCGAGGGAAGCCGAGAUCGAGCUUUACUUGAAUGUAUACGUGCAUUCUGAAUUUCUUUCAUUCACCAUGACCCCUGACUUUGUUGUGUGCCUCGAACCAGUCCCUCCGCCCCAUGGUGGGUUUUCUGCUAGGCGCAGAAUCUAGAAAAUCAAUGUAGAAUGCUUGUGAAUCACUCAGUCAUGGUUCUUUCUCAUUGGAAAUGGCCCUUGUAGUAUACAUUUACUGCCUGGGUUGGUUUUUUUUUCACACCAUAAAGUGCCCACUUGAAUCUAGUAUUGUUGCUAUAAGCACAGAUGUGAUUUUUUAUUUAUUUCAGAGUUCAGUGGGUUUCAUUAUUCGGUUGCCAGAGUAAAGGACGAAUGUUACGAUGUCUUGCAUUAUGGCCCUUUGGAUGGUCUUCCAGGUGCUGGAUGUAAUUGCUGUCGAUAUCCCUGUGGAAUAGUUUUAGGCUGCUUGUAUGAAGAAAUCGGUAGUUGGUACAGGCAUUUUUUCUGGUACAGUACAAUAUCUUGUGUCUACAAUCUGGAAGUAGAUUGUCCUUGCAGGUUAUUAUAUAGACCACAGCGGUUUUCGUCAGUUCAAGUUCAGUAUUCUUCCUAUUUAAUUCUGCAAUGGCCAAUGAUGCUGUCAUUAAUAGUUUAACCAAGAUGUUCAAUUGGCCUACAUGGUUAGGGACAUCUUAGACUUGCCUGCACUUAUAUGCAACGUUUAGACUCUUUCUGAUAAGCUUGUUUCGCCAAAAGGUCUGGCAUUUGGAGCAAACUCCUGAAUGCUGAUUCUGCAGCUGGUUCUUAUAGUGUGGUGACGGAACCAUGAAUAGGACGAAUGUGUUCGGAAUUCCGAUUGCAUAUUCAUGUGCGUUUUAAUUCUUUUCCUUGCACACCAUUUAUCUGCAAUCCUUUAUCAAGAUUCAUAAUGAGCAGGAUAUUGCAAUUAAGCUAACUAGAUGAUUCGGGUCCAAUUGUACACAUUUUAUCCCUUCAUUUCUUGAUAGUUUGGCUUUGCAUUUCAUCGUCCAUCGACUUGUUUUACGUUAGGUUGUGCUAUUUUUUAUACAUUUCAGGUCCUAUCAUGUGUGGAAGGGUCGAUAACGAGUUUUGGGACGAUUGGAGGUCGAAAAGCGCCAAAAAGAACAAAAGUACGAAGUCGCGGUUUUGCUCGUCUCGCAGGCUUAAAGCGAUUGUGACAAUUAACUAGAGACUGUGAAGUCGGACUAAAAUCGGCCAAAAUGUUGUGUUUUGGUCCGAUGUCACAGUCAAAGCUCCAAUAUCACGGUCGUGAACUUCGGACCGUGAAAAUGACUAUCGGGCUCUACAAAUAGAAGGUUGCUGGUAGAGGGAAAGGGGGCUUUUUGGUAGGUUUUUAGUGUGCAAAAUAACAGGAGGUUUCUAGUGAGAGAUUAGGGUUUCUUAUUCAGAGCCAGAGAGAAAAAGUGUCAUUCAAUGCAAGAAGAAGGAGAUAUGGUUGCCCUAACCUAGAGGAUCGGAGGUACCUUCUUAUCGAGUGAGAUUCAAGCAACAAGGAAGGAAUAUAGUCAUCUCUUCAUG